AUGUGAUCGUGGUACAGCCCAGAGAAUUCCACGUUAAGAAGCCGAGGGAUCGCUGUUUGCAGGAGCUAGUCUGGAGUUCUACGUGCCCCAGCAGCGUCUGACCCCAGCCAGGCAAGGAAGGGGAGAUACAUCUCUAACUCCAACCUGUGUCCAGAAGGAAGAGGAAAGGAACUGACACACAGGACCUUUCCAAACAGGACAGAAGAUGUCCUCAUCAGUGCAGCUCUUCCGAGAUCAGAGGUACCACGAGCUGAAGGGGCAGUGCCUCCAGCAGGGGAUCCUCUUUGAGGACCCCGAGUUUCCAGCCUCGGAUGAAUCCCUGUGCUACGACUCAGCAGCAAAAGGGAAAGUGGAAUGGAAGCGGCCAAAGGACCUCUGUGAAGAUCCUCACCUGCUUGUGGAUGGAAUGAGCUCCCACGACUUCCACCAGGGCAAGCUGGGGAACUGCUGGUUUGUGGCUGCGUGCUCCUGCCUGGCUUUGAGGAAAAGCCUCUGGCAGCAGGUGAUUCCAGACUACAAUGAGCAGGAGUGGGAUCCCAAAAGCCCAAGGAGAUAUGCUGGGAUUUUCCGUUUCCGCUUCUGGUGCUUUGGAGAGUGGACAGAGGUGGUGGUGGAUGAUCUGCUGCCCACAGAGAAUGGGAGGCUCAUCUACUGCCAUUCCAACGUGAGAAACGAAUUCUGGAGUGCUCUGCUGGAGAAGGCUUACGCUAAGCUGGCUGGAUCCUACCAAGCCCUGGAUGGAGGCUGUGCUGCAGAAGCCCUGGUGGAUUUCACUGGAGCAGUGGCAGAAUCCAUCAAUUUGGAAGAGGGCAAAUAUGGUGAGGUUAUUUCUGAGCAGAUGAAGCUGUUUGAAGACUUGAUGAAAGUGCAUAAAAGAGGAGGGUUCAUCAGCUGCUCCAUUUCGGAGUCCCCUGGGCGGCCCAGUGAAGCAGAGACAGCGCUGGGGCUGAUCGUGGGCCAUGCCUACUCCGUGACUGCCAUCAGGAAGCUGCGCCUCGGGGAGAGCCUGCUGCUCUCCUUCAAGGCAGAAAAGCUGUUCAUGAUCAGGCUGAGGAAUCCCUGGGGCAAGAAAGAAUGGCACGGUGCUUGGAGUGACAGUUCUGAAGAGUGGAAGAAAGUCAGCGAUUCUGAGCGCAAGAAUUUGGGGCUCACUGUUGAGAACGAUGGAGAGUUCUGGAUGACGUUUGAGGACUGGUGUAAGAAUUUCACAGAUGUGGACAUCUGCAGGACUGUGAACACCUCCUGCUUCAGCCUCCACAAGACCUGGGAGAAGGAAAUGAUGUAUGGGGCUUGGGCAAAGCAUCCAGAGCCCCUGCUGAACCGAUCUGGGGGCUGCUUUGAUAACAGAGAGACCUUUCUGCAGAACCCCCAGUACCUCUUUGAUGUUAAGAAGGCCCAGGACAAAGUGCUGGUGUCCUUACAGCAGGAGGAUCGCCGCAAGUACAAGAAAGAAGGGAAAGGAGACAACAUCACAAUUGGCUUUGAAAUCUUCAAGGUGGAGGACAACAGGAGGUACAGGCUGCACAAGCUGACGGUGCAGGAGAGAGUGGCCACGUCUCCCUACUCCAACACACGCAGCGUGUUCCUGAGGAGGACUCUGCAGCAAGGCCGCUAUGUCCUGGUCCCAACCACCUACAUCCCAGGUGUCCCCACAAAAUUCAUCCUCAGGCUCUACACAGAUGUGCCCUCAAAACUCAGGGAGCUGAAGGCAGAUAGGCCUAAAAUGACGUGUUGGAGUCUUCUUUGUGGCUACCCACGUAGAGUCACCCAAAUCAAAGUCCACUCUGCAGAGGGUUUGCAGAAACAAGACAGAUCAGGAGGAGCAGAUCCCUACGUGCUCAUCAAGUGUGAGAACCAGAGCCAGCGCUCCCCGGUGCAGCACGACACCACCAGCCCCGUCUUCAACACCCAGGUGAUCUUCUACAGGAAGGACAUCGACAGUCCUGUCACCAUCCAGGUGUGGAACAGCAACCUCCUGAGGGACCAGCUCCUGGGGCAGGCGGUGCUGGCAGCGUCCCCCGGUGAGCCCCGCGAGCAGCGCAGGCUGAAGCUGCGGGGCAGGGGCGGCGGGGAAGCGGCCGAGGUGCCGGGUCACAUCAGCGUCACCGUGCUGUGCAGCGAUGACCUCGGCGAGCUCUGAGCGCCGCGGAGCCACACGGAGCUGUCACCUCUCGGCAGCGCGGGGAGCGCAUCAGCAUAAUCGCUUUAAAGGGGGGGGAAAAAAGCCCUCUGUUGGGAAAGGGGGAAAUGCAUAUUAAUACAUAUCUAUGCUCGUGAGACAGCUCAUGCAGUAGGAGAGUGUCGCAAUAGGACACAGCAGACACUGGAACUGCAAGGGAGAAGAAGAAGGGAGGUUUAUUUCUUGACUCUGACAUGUAUAGACUUUCAAAAGUGACAGUGGAUUGGAGGAUGAAAGCGCCACUUCUCCAAUGACACUGGACAAACCAACAGUCUAUCACAUUUCUCCUCCUCCAGAGAGGAAUGUAAACCCAAUAAUUAUUUACAUCAAAGUGCAUGAGAAACCAACUGGACAAACCAACAGUCUAUCUAAUUUCUCCUCCUCCAGAGAGGAAUGUAAAAACAAUAAUUAUUUACAUCAAAGUGCGUGAGAAACUCCAUUACAAGAAUGUAAACAUCAGAAGGCUUAGAAG